AUGGAAAGGCCGGAAGUGUGCCAUCACUUGACUCCACAACCCUAUUCGGCCUCUGGAGUACCAGCCGGACCCUCUGUGUUAUCCGUUACGAAACCCCGGGCCUCCAAAGACACUUUCAAUGUUGACUUCAUUGUGGCGGCAAAGAGGCUUCCUCCGUGGGAGGAGAAUAAUCCUUCAGUACGAGGCACAUUCGCCGAAUUCUUCGCAAGAUGGGGCACGGACAUUGCUCUGGGUUACUCUCUCGGUGCAAGGUAUCAAUUACAAAUCACAAGACCAGACGCAUCUAGCGAAUCGAAGAAUAACUUUCGCACACACAUUGAUACGGAAUUUGCACCAAUUAUUGGGAAGGAUGAGGGGCCGAAGGAUACAACCCAGUACAGGGAAUAUUUAGGACGACUUGAUAGAGGAUUUUGCGUCUUGGGAGGACAUCCACAAAUCGCAGAUGCUCUGGCUCGGAACCCGACCGAGCGUAGGCUAUUCGAUAAUUGGUUAAGGAGCAUAGAUUUGGGGGAGCAGAACGACAUCAUCAACAAUCAAGUUGGAAAUAUCUGCAAUCUCUUCACCGGAAGUCCCAUUCAAGAAUACAUGCUUAUAGGAAAGAAACUCGAACUGGCCUGGAAGUUCCACUCAAGGCUUCUUACCGCUACCGGUAUAUUUAAGGUAAUGGAAUCAGUGGAGCAACAGAUCGGGUGA